AUGAUUAAAAGAUUAUUUUUGGUAAUUAUCUUUGUUUCAAUAACAAAAGUUGUACUUAAUUGUGCUCCACCAGGUUUUGUUCCUAGUCAAGAUCCAACUAAUGUUAAUGCUAGAUGUUCAGAUUUAAUUUUGUAUCCUGUUAGUGCUGUUGAUCAAAGUGACCAAUAUAGAUUUGACUAUUCAGAUGUAUCAUUUGGUAAUACACAUAAUCAAGGUGCUACAGUUGCUAUAACAUGUACAGCUGGUGGACAAUUGGCUACAGUUGAAGGAUAUGAUCAACAAAGAUCCUCAAUUACUGCUGCUCCAACGAUAAUUGCAACAUGUACUAAUGUUGGUGGUUCACAAUAUACAUGGACAAUUUUGGGAAGAAUUCUUCAAUUUGUUGACUGCCGUUUUUAA